UUUGCGCCAAUCUGUUUUGUAUUUGUUGUGUUGGUAUGUUUGUACCAAUAGUUGUUCAUUCAUCAGCAAUGCUAUCAUUAUCAGACAAAAUCUUAUCAUUCUCGUUGCUAUCUAUUCAAAGCUGACAAGCAGGCUGUAAGCAUUGCAAAUUUGCAAAAAACGACUUUAUUUUAAUACACUUAGUUCAGUUUAAAUAAAUGUCCUUUUAUAAUAAAAUAUAAUACAUUCAUAUAUACAUGUACGUUGUAUGUGUUGACGUAUAGCAGUAUGGUUAUAAUAAAUGCGUAAUAUAAAGUUUUAUUAAUAUACUGUUACAUCUUUUAUAAUCUGUGAUCUUGCAUUGUCUAUCAUUACUAGUUUGUGAUAAAUUGUUAGCAUUCAGAAUUGUGAAUGCAGACCGGCAUUCAGCACCUAUUACAAUUUUAGCCGUAGCUUCUGCUAGGAAAAUAAUAUGACAAUAGAAAUUAUUUAAAAAGUAGCAAAGUAGGUAGUUAAGUCUUUCUCUUAGUUCUGACUUGCUGGACAUAGCUUCCAAGCUGUGAAUAUUAUAUUAUUUUUAUUAUAUGAGUAAUUGAGUACUUUGAAUCUAGUUCAGUAACUGCCUAUAGUAUUGAUUACAAUCAUGUACAUUUUGGACAAUUUCUACAAAGAAUUGCAAUUGUUUGUCCGCACCCAUGUGGAGCUAGAUAUAGACAUUAAAAUGCCAAUGAUGAAACACCACAUUAAUGGGGACAUCCGUUUCUAUUCAGCUAAAGACUUACAAAACCUUGUUGAAAAGUUGGUGGAUGACUUGUCAAUUGUUGAACGCUGCUCAUGGUCUUCAAAUUAUAUAUCUAUAUGGUUAAAAAAAGAAUUAUGGACAUCAACAGUGUUGAAAGAGAUUUUAAUAUCUGGCUGCAAAUAUGGUAGUAAUGAUGAACACCAAGGCACUGUAGUCUCAGUUAGCUCUGAUGAGUGUAAUGAUACAGUUACAUGCUUGCGCAUUGCGCUGUUGAAAGAGGCAGUUCAAAAUUUAGCCAAAAUAAAUGGCUAUGUGAUAGGAAGUAAUGGACUGAAUUUAUUGGUGUCGAAAAAAAACAAUCCGUCUAAUAGUAGUCUUGUAUUGUGUGGUAAUGUUGUUUGUAAUGUGACAGUCAAAGACUAUAAACAGCGAAAACAAGACGCUAUUUCUAAAAUGUCAGCUAAUCGUAUUGAAUCCAACGAAUAUCCAAUUGACAUCAUAUCAAAACUAUGCCAUGCAUCAAUUGUCUAUGAAUUAUUAAGUGUCCGCCAUUGUAAAGUUAUUAAUACAGAAUGUGAUACAUCAAAUAAAGACAGUGGUAUUUUCAUAAUGUACAAUUACUCAAGGCUGUGUCAAGUGUGGAGAGCAUAUGAAAAGGGUGUUAUUGAAAAUUACUAUGAAUCUUUACCAGACAUUGGUGCCGUUAACUUUGGACUGUUGACUAGUAAAGAAGAAUGGAUUUUAGUUCUGAACCAUAUAUCAGUGUAUCCUUCGGUUAUUCAACAAUCUGUUAAAAACCUGUUGUCAGCAAGUGUGGAUGUUCAUAGAUUGUGCAAGUUUUUGAUGGAAAUGUCAUCUGCGGUUAGCCUAUUUUAUCAUAGGCAUCAUAUUUUAUCAGUGAGACCCGAUUUCAAGUUUACUACCGCUGAUGCAUGCUCGAUUAUAUUUGGUCAAAUCGUCAAUACAGGUGUAUGAAAAUGUUUUCCAAUUAUUAGGUAUUGAAGCCGUAUGCGAAAUGUGAAUGAUACUUAUCGACAAAAGCGUUAUGGGAGCUAAUGCUGACCAAUUGUCGCAUGAAAUAAUAUUGUCUCGCCAAACUUAACCUUCACGUUAUAUUAUGAUGACUUGUUUAGUCAAUUUUAUUACCUAUGUUACAAAUGCCAUUAAAAUAAUAUAAAAUUGUUUCAAAACGUA